AUGGAUGACCUUGCGCAGAACGUGCAAUUGUACUCGGAGAAAACUCUCCGAGAUAUCGCGAAAGGCCCAUUGGUGAAAUUAACACUGACAUGCCAAGACACUGAAAAGGUCAACCGGGUAUGGCAGUCGUUGGUUCAGACGUUAUCGACAGCAUCUAUCUCGCCACCUCAUUCUGCAGAGGCAUGCAAUGCUACAUCUGCUUUCAUUGAUGCUGCGACAAAGUCACAAUGUGAUACGACUCGACAAUUGAUUUUCUCACAGGAAGUGUGGCUGUCAAUAUUCGAUAUUUGUCUGACUCGAUAUGAAGACGCCAAGCCAAAGCCCAUUAAGAAACUCCUUGCCUCAAUUACUACCAUCCUAGCUAAAAGGCAUCAAGCAACGACAAGAGCAGAACUUCAAACUGCAAUUAUUGAUGCCAUCAUUCCUAGCAUUGUGAUUGGGGAGCCUCAAUCACGACUGAAGGGGUGCCUGGUGUUUUUGGAGACAUUCAUCAGAAGGGAUGCCCUGCUACCCAGCGAGUUUAUCCCAUUGACUCGCCAGUGGCUUUUGAAGAACACAGAUAAAUGGGCAACUCUCUUCGCCAAAGAUCAUGAAGCUCUUUCUCUAGGGGAAACAGGCCCCGCUUUUGACUCUGCAUCUGGCAGCCUGUCCGAUGAAUUAGCAGCAAGGAUGUUUGUUCUGGGGCUCUUGAUCCAAACCAACAACAGAACGAUGGCGGUGCCAGCUGGUAACUUGCUGGCAAUUUUGAUACAGAAGAUGAAGCCUGAAACCUCAGCGGAAAAGCUGUCAGCAAUGUGGGUAAUGCCAGUGAGACGCAUGGUCUUACAAAACAUGGAAGGGUUGGAAGAUUUGUCCAAUAGGCUCCUGCAACCUCUAUUCAGCAUUGACCCCAAUGGCUUUAAGACCUUCCUUGACACCCUCCCAGUCAAGAGCCUUCUCAAAGGUGAUAUGACCGAUGCGCCUGAGGCAGAGUAUAUGGUACUUUUCGCUGCUCUACAGAUCGGCAAGAAAAUCAACUUGGUUCAUGAAGAUUAUAUUUUUAACGUUGGCAAAAUGAAACUCGACGAAAAUGAAGUUUUGGUCAUGAAGAGCGACGUGAUCGGCAACUUUCUCUUGCACCGCGAGGCCAAUAUCCGUAUAGCGGCCCUCUCGCUGCUGAUCACGGCAUUUUCCACUGUAAAGCCAUUUACGGUGGAGGCCACGAAUGUUAUCCUUCGUGGACUACCCUCGAUGCAUGCUGAAUCCGACGCAUAUACUCGAGGAGAAAUUCUGAGUCUGACACGCAAAUUCUUUGUUCGUCUGAGAGGUGGUAUUGUCAAAAAUGAAGAUGUUGCCUUGAAGACAGAGAAAACAGCCAACAAGCCAGCCCAAGGCCAGGCCAGAAAUGAAACCGAAACCACAGAGUUCCUAAGGGCAUACCUUAAGCUAUUGGGUAAUGAUUUGCGUCUGGCAGCCUCAUAUCCGCGCCAUAUCACAGCUCUCAAGGCUCUAAAGCUCUUGCUGGACUCCGGCCUUGACCCACGGAUAGAGGCCAAGCUUCAAAAAUCAGAGAUGGAAAAUAUUUGGAAAGUCCAUGUCGAAGUGUUUGAUUCUCAACUACUCCGAUUAUUGAUUGAUCUCCUGCUAGAUCCAUUCGAGGAGGUGCGGCAAACAGCGCUUUCGAUCCUGAGUUUGUGCCCUCGAGAGAUCCUGCUCAACGGCUUGCACGACAAGACAGAUCAGCAGUCGGCCGUAGGCAUGCGGUUGACAGAUGCAAUUACCCGAGCGGAAAGCCUUGCAAGUAACACGAGCAGGGCUGAUCAUGCUGAUACUGUUGCUCGUCUGUACCACAUCAUCUUUUGCGCAGCCCUGCCAGCCAACUCCGGUCAACCGGUUUCUGAUUGGUGGACAACCAAGGCAUCAGUAGUCGACACAAUUUUGAAAAAGCUUGAGGAACGUCUCCUAGGGUCAAAGACCCUUUUCAACUCCACUAUGCGCGAGGCGCCACUUCAUGGAUAUACGUCCGGCCUGAGGUAUAUUGUCCUUAUGCCAAGCUUCCACUCCCUAGUAUCUGACGGGUCGGGAUCCGCUGCUUGGCGGUCUAUCCAUGACCGCAUUGUUUCAAUUUGCGAUAAGAUCUGGAUUGAGGCGAAGCCUCUGCUGUGCAUCGACUCACCCGAAGGUCACUCGGACGAGCCCAUCGAGGAUCUCAACGUGGGACCAAAGGACGCCCUUUCAUAUUCCUGGCGAUCUCUUCGCGAAGCAAGCUCCUCAAAGGAUCCAUCAAUCCGAGAACUUCCUAGGAACUGGUACCAGGAAGCCAAGUCGACUAUAUUUGGCUCGGCAUCUCAGCUCACCCGUCGGUCUGCUGGCCUGCCUGCGUUGGUGACAGGAAUUGUUGGCUCUGAUCCUGGAACGCCAUUCUUCAACGAGGCCAUUAAUGAACUCCACGAGAUUUCAUCCCUUGCCGUGAAGUAUGACAAAGAGAAGCAGUACUUGGAACUGCCCCAGGUUCAUGCAAUGAAUUGCCUGAAAGAUAUCUUCACUAACGCGAAGCUUGGCCCCCAUACCGAGCCAUUCAUAAUGAAAGCACUGACACUGUCCGCCGAACGCCUGGGGUCUCCAAUCUGGGCCCUUCGUAAUUCAGGACUGAUGCUCUUCCGUGCCCUUCUCACAAAAAUGUGUCGGGUCAUUCCAGGCGCUGGGCCUGGCUUUGGAGGAAACUCUGGCUCAGAACCAGGGUCCCGGAUAACAUUCCCCAAGUACCCUGGUCUGCUUGAACUGCUCUCUGGUCUUCUCACAACGACGCAGGGUGAAGCAGCGGAGGGCACUGAAAUCAUUACCGAGCGUGUGUUCCCUGCACUGGAACUCGUUGGUGACAAAGUCCCCAGCUUGGAUGAUCCCACUGACGAGAUGCUACGUGGAUUGGUUCUUGAGCACCUGAGCAGCCCGGUUUGGGGUGUUAGAGAGCAUGCGGCCCGUGUAUAUGCGUCAUUGCUCACUCGACAAAAUAUCCCGGAAGAAUUGCGCACGCUUAUUACGCUUCCGUCAAAGAUCACCGAAAAUUAUGUUCAUGGCGUUGCUUUAUGUGCGCGAUAUGCCCUUCGUCGAUACUCCUUCACCACCGAUGAUUUCUGGACGUCGCACUUGGAUGUACUUUUCACGACAUUGCGCACCGUAUUGGAAUUCCUGUUCCGUGUUGGGAAAUCGCCGACGGUAGCAAGUGAGCUUGUUGAAAUUCUCAACGGCACGCUGGAGCGGGCGAUCCAAGCACAGAACGAAAAUCAAAUUAUUUCUUUUAUCAAUGAGAUGUUCCAGGUUCACGACCUCGACGGGAUUUUGAGAUUUGCUUUUGACGCUUCUCAGGCAGGAUGGAACCUUUCAAGCACUAGCCGAGCAUCUGCCCUCCUUAGAAGAGCGCUUGCUUGGUGCACUACGUUGAAAAUGCUUACCUCACAACAGUGGGAACAGCUCCCGGCAUUCUUCAUUGGAGUAUCAAAAUUCGAUGCAGAUGUCGCUCGUUGGAUUAUGGAGCAGCUCCAUGAGUCACUUGGCGAAGACAAGAGGUACAGACAGCCCUUGGCUGGCUUGUAUUCAUCGGUGGUAUUGGGGGAUAGUCGACCCGAUGUGAAAACAAUGGCUGCAUCCAAUUUGGCUUCUAUUGCGGAGAGCUUAAUAUCAUCACAGUUCGAUUCUGUGUCAAGCAUUGGCCUUCCAUGGGAUGCUAUUGCAAACAGCUUCCGCCCUGAAACAGACAUCACAGCCUGGAACCGAGAGGCAACAGAUGCUGAGCUCCGACUUCGAGGCUGUCUACUGGCAAUUCGGUCAUUCGUUGAUCAGGCAGCUUCGUCCUCAUUUGAAGGCGAUGUCCACAGUUGGACUAUCAAGCUUCGCUCUGCCUUGAGCGAGGAGACGGAAUUCACAACCCGGUUUGCUGCAGCCGUAUCUGUUGGUAGCUUUUCGCGGGCUCUUAGAUCACCUGGUUCCCAGCCACGCGUGGAUGGGAUGCUACUAGAUGUCUACCUGGUCUUGUAUGACAUGCUCAAUGAUGACGACGAUGAAAUUCGUGAUGUGGCUGCAUCAGCAGCCUCUUGGACCUUGUCACACUCGUCCGUCUCACCUGACGCCGAUGUGACCCUAGCACCUCUCAAUGCAAGUGCCCUGCUUGCCGACUUCAUUAUCGAUAACUAUUCGGACUCUGCACUGCUAGGACAACGGGUUCUUCGAUAUUUGACUGGCCAAGAGCCAAGGGUCAGUGGAUCUGACGAACGCAGUCACUUAGUCGCUGUGUCAGACCAGAUCGCAGAGCAUCGCCAAGAUAGUACCGUCCUAUUCGUGGAGGAGAAGCAGAAUCUGUUUGUCGAUGAUGUGCGUGAGGUCGAGGUCUGGUCGCGAGCUCUGUUGCGGUUGACCGGCUCGGCGUACGCUAAGCUGUCGUUGGAUGAAAUCUCUGCCUGGGCCUUUGACGGGUUAACAUAUCUCUGUUCUCUGGCUGGCCCUGAGAAAGAGCCAGAUGGACUUCUUGGUUGGGUCUCGAAGCCUGAGAUAUUCACCCUCGGUCUCCGGGUUAUUGCCAUAUCGUCUGCUCUAGGCUCACAAGUCUUUCCAGUCUCAGAGAGUCUGCGAGUGCAGCCAACUGCCUUCCGGGGAUCGCUCGAAUCCCUCUUGGUCGCUGGCAAAUCGUCAUCAGUCCAUGGGGACUGGUUGUCAAGAAUCCAGACUGCACUGGAAAUCUGCACGACUCCAAACCCAUCACUUCAGAUCACUCUUUCUCCGCCCCGUUGCACCAUGCAGGACAAUAUUCUGGUCGCCGUCCUUCUGUCGGUGACGUUCGUCACUCCAGUCUUCGCAUGGUUGUUCUACCUUUGGUAUCGAUCACAUGUGACCCAAAUGCACCAACAAGGCCAAAUCUUCCACAGAAGGAACCGAGAUCGUGCCCAGGCCAAUUAUGAACCCGCGAACGGAGCCCAAAACCCCAUAUUUGGACCCUACUUUACCCCUCGUGGGUGGGUUCGGCCAAAGACCCGAGGAUUAUCCCAUGUCCUGCGUCCGCCACAGUAUGUUCACACCCGGCAGCCCGUAUUUACCGGUAACCCGAAUUCUGACCAACAUUUCCAAGGCCCAACCCAAGCGAGCUCGCGUAGUCCCCAGCGGGCGAACCAGCAGCCGAACCCAUUAUCCAAACGGCAGCAAAGGAAACAACGAGCGCUACAAAACAAACAGAGGCAGCAACAACAAUGCCAGAAUGAGCAACCGAGCAAGCAGAACCGACAAAACCAGCGCAAACAGAAGUUCAAGAAGCAAGGCCAGAACAGCCAGAAGUCCCCUAAUGCCCAUUCUCCCAAUCCCCAGGGUGCACAAAACGAGCAAUAUCAUCGAUGGGGAAAUGCCGAAGGCCAGAAUUACCAAACCAGCAGCCAUGGUGGUGAUGGCUGGGGAAAUGAUGAAGGUCCGCAGGAUAAUCAACACAGUGCUGGGCAGAAGGAGAACAACGACGGUUGGGGCAGCACUUUCAACGAUGACCAAGGGGGGGUUGAGAAAUGGUGGAUCAUCGAUGGAAGACGGGAAAGUGAUGAACAACAGCAGCACCAUCAUGGAUGGCCCAACAGUCGCCCUGCCUCCCCGGAUCAAGUUUCAAGAAGCGAAGCAGCUUUCGGGGGUGGUUGGGGUCAGAGUGACCAUGGCCGACAGGAAACUGGCUACCCACGGAGCAAUCAUUCUAUCGAAAACCGUAACCGCUACCGUGGAAGGGGCGACGAUCAUACGAAGAGUUACAAGGAAAACAAAGGCAACCGUCAUGCGUCCCCAGGGCGAAAUUCAAGAACCGAAGCGGAUACCGGUGGUGAUUGGGGGCAGAGUGGCAGCGGCACACGGCAAAACAGCCCAUCACGGAGCAACCAUUCCAAUGAAGACCAUAACCGAUACUCUGGAUGGGGGGAUGAUGAUACGAAGAGUUACAAGAAAAGGAAUGGUAGCCGGUAUGGGUCCCCGGAGCGAAAGUCGAGAGGCCGACCAAGCCCCAGCCGUGAUUGGGGCAACAACAGCCCCAACAGAUCCAGGCCUAACUCCUGGGGACGUGAAGAAGCACACCGUGGCGGUGGCAGUCCAACUUGGGGGCAAGACAGCAAUGUGCACCGGGACAAAAAGAAGAAAAAGGAGCGCUGGGAGAUUGAAUUGGAGGAAAAUGCGAAGAGGGGUCGUAGUCGAAGCCCCUCGCGGGAACGCUCGGUUGCAGGAUGUGACAAGCGCAGCCAGCGUUCCAACUGGAAAGAGACACAGGAAUGGUGA